AUUAAUUCUAAAAUGUCAGCAACCAACAAAACCGAUAUAAUUCAACUUCCCUCUUCCUCUACCACUACUCAUCAACCUUCACAAUCACAACCAUCGAUUAAACCAUGUUGUGCAUGUCCAGAUACAAAAAAAGCUCGUGAUGAAUGUAUAUUUCAAACCGGAGACGAAGAAAAAUGCCGAAAUUUAAUUGAAGCUCAUAAAGCUUGUAUGCGUAGUUAUGGAUUUGAUGUUUGA